AAAGUUUGAAACCGCCGGGGUUGCCGAAUUAAGUGUUGUAAUAGGUCCGCCACGCCUGGUGGUGGCGCAGCAACGCGGUAGCUCUGCAACCGAAGUAAAGAAAGUCACGCUGCGCAUGUGCGUGGAAGUGUUGUGGGAAGAAGAAGAAAGUGACAAUGGUGGGCAGUGUGACUGCUGGAGUUAAAAAAGGCACGUUUGUUUGGACCGACGAGGAGGUGGAACUUCUCCUCCGGGCAACACUGGACUACAAGAGCAGGAAAGCACAAGACAGUGUCGACUGGGAGUCCUGCAAGUCCAAAUAUAGCGAUAUAUUGAUGGCAUUUUUGGAACAGUACCCGGUGGAAGCUGGGAACAAGGAUUUCCCUCACGACGUUUCUGCCUUAACAAAGGCUCAGAUCAUGACAAAAAUAAAGAAUAUACGAAGUAAGUACAGGCUGGCCGUGGAAACCGGACGCAGGAGUAGCCAAGGGCGCGUGUUGAUUCUGUUUUAUGAACUCUGUGAGGAAAUCUGGGGCGGGUCUCCGGCGCCGUGCAGCAUCGCCGGCGGGAUCGAGAGCUCGGACCUGGUAAGCCCCCCGUCGAGCGCCUCAUCGCCGACCAGGUUGGAGUGUCCGGAUUCGCCACAGCCCUCCGCCGAAAGUCCACCUGCAGCGGCUGUGACCCAACGCAGAAGCAGCCUUCAGGCGCAGCCGCACGGCCACAGAAGGAACACGCUGAAGAAAAAGCGACAAUGCGACUACGCGGCGCACGAAGAGUUAAAACUGAGGAAGAGGAUGUUGGAGCUGAUGGAGGACUCGGCAAGACGCAGCGCAGACACAAUCCGUUUAAUAGGCACCAGUAUUGCCAGCAUAAAUGAAGCCAUGAGUGAAAACAAUUCACUGCUGAGGGCUUUAGUCCACCAGUCUCUUCCCAGGUACCAGUCAGCAUCCAUGUCUUCCAGCCCACACCCCGCUACCCCUGCGUAUCAAUCCCAGGGUGUCCCCCAGAAAACUGGCUAAUCCUGGUGGCAGUUCUGGACUUCCGGUAAUGGAAGUAACGCCUCGCCAGGCUUAUAAUACGGUAGGGGAAACCCUGAAUCCCCACACCGUUCAGCACAGGGCAGGCCCAGCGGUACCCUACCGGGGCCCCAGCAGCUAGCGGCUUCACUCCAGUAAUGUCUGCCUAAUGAUGACUAAAGAACUUUAACAGAAGGGUCAGUUGUUGCUCUUGUAAGCAUGUUCUGUCAUGCACCUUUUUUGUAUUUAUAAAGAAUUGAGCUGUUUUUAGAGUUUGACAGCACAGCUUAAAUUGUGUCUGUCCAGUUCCAAUGUUUUAAUAGCUCAAUGCUACACACUACUGGAAUCUAUGAUACAGUAUUUUUUUGUUUAACAUUUUUCAUUAUUACUGUGGGUUUUUGCUUAAAAAUGUGCCUUGGGGAACUGCAAGACUGCAUUUGCGUUCCUGUUAUUUAUUGUUUGUGAUUGUGCUGUUUUCUUCAGAAAGAAAUAAAGACAUGAUGUUUGCAAAAG